GGAAACUAUUUUAUUUAGACUUUAAGCAACUGUGAACGCCCCCUGCCCAAACGGCAAACGAUUGUGGCUCUGCAUAAAAUUAUCACCGGGAGGUCUAACCUUGUUGAGGAUUGUAGUCACACCUACUUGAAGUGACAUUAGAGAGUUCCUGUCGCAGCUUUCUCUCGGUUCUUGCUGCCAGACGCUCCACUCUGACAGUAAUAUGAUUUGGUUACUGUGCCACCCAGUCUGGGCUUUUUCCACCGCGCUGCUUGCGCUUGUCGUGCGCCUGCAGCGGAGAGGGAGCUGGGACCCGCAGGCAUGCAAAGUGCAGCUGAAAGGGAAGACUGCUAUAGUGACAGGAGCCAAUACAGGAAUUGGGAAGUUCAUCGCCCUGGACUUUGCACGACGUGGGGCCCGUGUUAUCCUGGCCUGUCGAAGCCAAGAAAAGGGAACAGCAGCACUCAAAGAAAUCAGGGAGAAAACAGGAAACUCUGACGUCCACCUCCGUCUGGUGGACCUGUCUUCUCUGGACUCUGUCAGGAAAUUUGCUAAGGGGAUUCUUGAGGAGGAGAAAGCUCUCCACAUCCUCGUCAACAAUGCUGGAGUAUCAGGUUUACCCAGGCAGCUGACGGACGAUGGAUUUGACGUUUCUUUUGCCACCAACCACCUGGGGCCGUUCCUCCUCACCAACCUGCUGCUAGAUCUGAUGAAACGUUCAGCGCCGGCGCGUAUUGUCACCCUCAGCUCAGUCAACCAUAAGAAGGGUGAAGUGGACUUCUCUCAUUUUCAUGGAGAGAACCUCAAGUAUCACAUGGAUACAGUCUACAACAACACUAAGCUGCACAAUGUCAUCUGUACCACUGAGUUAGCACGCCGGCUACAGGGGACAGGUGUCACUGCGAACUCAGUCCACCCUGGUAUUGUCAUGACCGAAGUGAUGAGACACUAUCCAUUUACAAUUCGUUGCCUUUUCAACCUCAUUGGGUUUUUCUUUUUCAAGUCUCCAGAAGAGGGUGCAGUCAGCUCAAUCUACUGUGCGGUAGCGGAAGAGACCGAGGGGAUAACAGGGAAGUAUUUUGACAGCGACUGCUCCCUGGUUCUUCCCGCCCCUUUAGCACGAGACCCUGCCCUUGCGGUCAAGGACUUUGAGUUCUGCGAGAGACUGACAUCAAAGCUCUGAAACAACUAUCAGGCUAAUGGAGGCUUGAUAACAGAAACGGGGCCACAUUCCACCCUCUUAGUUCAGGGCUUCAGCGAAGGAAUACUGAUAAGUCAGACAGCUGGUUUGCACAAAGCUGUCUUUAAAAUCAGCAGAAACAACAAAGCUUUAUUACUCUUUUUUGCACUGGUUUGAAUAAUAUGGUAAACAUGGUUAUUUGCUUAAUAAAGUAAUUUUCA